UGUUUUCCUCUCAUUCUACACUCUUCCACUCUCCCAUAUCUCUUCUCUACUUCACUCUACCCAUCACCAAACCAUUUCUCAGCUUCCUCCAUUCAAUCCCAGCCCCACAUCACUCUACCCCAUACAUCCGACAUCAUGCCCGUCAGAAUCCCCGAGAAGGAGCAUCUCCUCGACCUCCUGUCCAUGAAGGGCAAGGUCGUGCUCGUGACCGGCGCCUCCGGCCCGCGCGGAAUGGGCAUUGAAGCGGCGCGCGGACUCGCCGAGAUGGGCGCCGACGUGGCCAUCACCUACGCCUCGCGCAAGGAGGGCGGCGAGAAGAACGCCAAAGAGCUGGCCGCGUCGUACGGCGUCAAGGCCAAGGCGUACAAGUGCCAGGUCGACAAGUACGAGAGCGUGGAGGCGCUCGUGGCCGAGGUGGUCAAGGACUUUGGCAAGAUCGACGCCAUGGUGGCCAACGCGGGCGCGACCGCCGACUCGGGCAUCCUCGACGGCUCCGUCGAGGCGUGGAACCACGUCAUCGACGUCGACCUCAACGGCACCUUCAACUGCGCCAAGGCCGUCGGCCAUCUGUUCAAGCAGCAGGGCCAUGGCUCGCUCGUCAUCACCUCGUCCAUGUCGGGCCACAUUGCCAACUACCCGCAGGAGCAGACGUCGUACAACGUGGCCAAGGCCGGCUGCAUCCACAUGGCCAAGUCGUUGGCCAACGAGUGGCGCGACUUUGCCCGCGUCAACUCCAUCUCCCCCGGCUACAUCGACACCGGCUUGUCCGACUUUGUGCCCAAGGAGACGCAGGAUCUGUGGAUGAGCAUGAUCCCCCUCGGCCGCAACGGCGACGCCAAGGAGCUCAAGGGCGCCUAUGUCUACUUCUGCUCGGACGCCUCCACCUACACCACCGGUGCUGAUCUGCUGAUUGACGGCGGGUACACUUGCAGGUAAAGGCGUGCAAGAAAGGCUCGGCUUCACGUGUGAGAUGAGGGAGAAAAAGCAUACGCGGUAGUUAGCAAGAUUGAAGUAGGAAAUGUACAAGUGAUGCUUCACUUGACUUCUUGUUCACGUUUCAUUGGCCUUGGCC